AUGUUGGAUAUUCAACACUUUGGUUAUAUAUUUGAUGCAAGAGACACUAUCGCCCGGUUAAACAAAACUAUUCAAAGAAACCAGAAUUCAGGUGAUGGCACUACAUACGUAAGAUGGGGGAGAGACACUGCGUAUCAAGUUUACACUCGGUACGCAGCAGGGUCUAAUUACGGGCAUAGUGGAACAGCUUCCGACACUUUGUGCCUAUCAAAGAAUCCUAUAUACAACAAAUAUACUCCAGGUUUACAAGGAGGUAUUAUAUACGGUGCUCAGUAUGAGACAGGUCGUCCUAAUUCAGCAUGGAAACAUCUUAAAGACCAAGACAUUCUGUGUGCAGUGUGUAGAAUAACAAGGAAUAACGUGUUGAUGGUGUCGGGACGAAAUACCUGCCAAGAAAAUUACCAACUGGAAUACAAGGGCUACCUAAUGUCACGCCAUUACCAGCAUUCAGCAUCUCUAUUUAUCUGCAUUGAUAAUGAGCCGGAAGUUCUACAAGGUGGUUCUUUCGAUGAUAAUGGCAAAUCUUUCUACUUUGUUGAUGGCACUUGUGGAUCACUUAAAUGUCCGCCAUAA